CUCACUCCAUCCCAGCAGAUGGCAGUAUUACAGAGGACAACUGUGACACUUCCGUGAACAAAGAGGACACCUCCAGCACGUCUCGUUUUAUAUCAACAAACUGUAAAACAUGUAGCAUCUCCCUGUCUAAUACAAGUCAGUGAGUCAUUACCGGAUUACCGCCAGUCAGAGAAUAAUGACCUACAUAACACCAAUGUUUUCUAGAAGAACAGUCGGACGGCUGCUCGGUGCAGCUUUCACCUCCUGCAGGUGUUUCCAUACUGAACUAGUAGGACAGGAAUCCAGCGCCCUUCCGAUAGUUCAUCACAGCAGCUAUGCGUGCGAGCUCCCAGCCAACCACAGGUUUCCUAUGGCCAAGUUCCCCCGGCUUCUCCACUUUCUGAUCAAGGAUCAAGUCAUUACAGAGAAACAGGUGUGGGUCCCCGAAAUUGCUUCUGAAGCUUUACUCAGCUGUGUGCACACUGAGGAAUACUUAAACAACUUGAUGAACGGGACGAUAAAUGAGCGAGAACAAAGGAGGACAGGUUUCCCCUGGAGUGAAGGCAUAGUGACACGCUGUCGAUAUGAAACAGGUGGGACUGUUUUAGCUGCUGAAGUAGCUCUGCAGAGGGGUCUGGCCUGCAGCACAGCAGGAGGAACACAUCAUGCCUUUCCAAGCUACGGCUCAGGCUUUUGUCUCCUCAAUGACUUAGCAGUUGCCGCCAAAUACCUGAUGGGCAUCUCCUCGCCCAAAAGGAAGGUUCUGAUUGUGGAUCUAGAUGUACAUCAGGGUGACGGCACUGCUUUCAUUUUCAAAGAGGAGCCGUGUGUGUUUACAUUCUCGGUGCAUUGUGGGAAAAACUUCCCCCUCCGUAAACAACAAAGUGACCUAGAUAUCAGCGUGGACGAUGGGCUGGAAGACAAGGAGUACCUCUCCACAGUGGAGGCCCACCUCCCCUGGCUGCUGGAGACCUUUGGUCCAGACCUGGUUCUGUAUGACGCAGGUGUCGACCCUCAUUGGGAAGAUGAACUCGGGCGGCUGCGUCUGACUGACCAAGGGCUGUAUCAGAGAGAUCUGUAUGUGAUGAAGACUGUGGUGAGCAGAGGGGUUCCUGUCGCUGCCGUUAUCGGAGGAGGAUACUCGAGAGACAUCGACAAACUGGCCCUCAGACACUCCAUCCUCCACAGAGCAGCAACUCAGGUUUGGAGGGAAGGUGGGAUGUAAAAUCUGAAUCAAGAGGACCCUCAGAGACUUGAUCUUUAGGAGCUUUAUAAAGAGGCCGUGGGUAUACAGGAAUAUCCCCCCCCUUCCCCCGAUGGAGUCUAGACACUAGUGGUGGUGCUGAAGGAAUAGCCUGAAGUUCUGGAUGGAUGUGAUGUUCUUUCGGACAAAUGGAACAUAUUGUUUGUAACACUUUGUAGAUAUGGUUUUCCUUUUGUGUGUUGCUACGCACUUAUUGUUUUAAU